UAAUUUAAACAAAUAUAAAAAUUAAGUCAAAAGUGUGUGCCGGCCGCUUACAAUGGAGAGCAGUCGCGUUGUACAAUUCGUGUACAACUACAAGGACUAUGCGAGCAAAGAUUGCCAAGCCAAACUGGAUAUUAAAUUCCCCUUUGAGGAUGGCAGCUUGGAGGAGUUGGUGACUCAGCUCUUGGCCCAAAUGCAUCCAAUGAUGCGCUAUUUGGACGAGAAUAUCAAUCUGGAGCGAGAACUGCAAACGUUUAUUGAACGGGAGCAUCAAAAGUUCCACGAUGAUUAUGCGGAAAGGUUAAUCAAUCAGGCGGCAAAUGAAGAGCUGGACUUGGAGGCCAUAGUGCGGCACACAGAGCGUCUGUACAAGGACGAACUGUUGCAAUUUGCGGAUCGCAUUGGGCCCAGCGAUGAGGACAUCUUUGCGCAGAGUUUUCAUCGGCUGGUGCACUCAUCCUCCCUGGAGGAUAUACUGAAGCGUGAGCGUAACUAUGCCAAGAUCAUAGCAGACAUGACCGAGCACAUGGAUGCCGAGGUGGAGACUCUGAACAACUCUCAGCAGCAGGAAAUGGACAGUCAAAUUAAUCAACUGGACAUCACAACAACAUCGGAGGACAUUAACAAUCUGCUCGCCCAACAAUAUACCACACAGAAUUUUAUGCGCAAGCGCUACGAGUCCGAGCUGGAAGCGAUGAUAGGUCACCAGAAGAAUGAGUAUCGCGACUGGAUAACGAGUCAAGUCAGUCAAAUGUUUCAAGUGUCGCCGGUGUCGACACCACUGGGUAAUCGUUCCUCGAUGUUCGUCUCACAGCAGCCAUCGAUGGAGGAGAGCUUCACAAUCCAUUUGGGAUCGCAGUUGAAGCACAUGCACAACAUACGCAUCCUCAGCGCCAAUGUGACCGAUUUGUGUAGUCCCCUGCAUGCGGAUGAGAAUCUCAAUGGUUUGAAUAUGGCAUUGGGUCUGUAUUCCAGUUCCUUGUGCGGCGUUGUUGUGCUAACGCCAUCGAUACAGGCCCAGGCCAAUAAGAGCAUCAUUAAGAAUGCGAACAGAUCGACAGAGUUUCAUUUCGAUCAGAUGGACGUGCAGCUGGAGAAGAUCGAGAAACAGAUACGCGCCUUAAACACUAGCGAUACAAGCAGCACUCCCAGCCAGGGAAGUGGCACUGGGAAUGGUGGUGAUGGCAGCGCCACAUCAUCGCCGGCUAAACAAUCGGUGGCGCGGCUCAAAACGGGUGAUUUUUUUAUAACCAAACACUCGAACCUCUCUCAAUCGCAUGUGAUCUUCCAUCUGAUCUCCGAUGAGCCCAUCAACAGUCCCAGCGAAAUUAACUCCAGGCAUCCGGUGAUUUUGGGUCUGCGCAAUAUCCUUAAGACUGCCAGUCGACAUGAUAUAACCACGCUAACGAUUCCGGCGCUACUGCGUCACGAGAUGAGCGAGGACAUGACCGUCCAGUGGUGUAUUCGUCGCGCCGAGCUUGUCUUCAAGUGCGCCAAAGGAUUCAUGAUCGAAUCUGCCUCCUGGGGUGGUGCUGAAUUGAGCACGUUGCAACUGCUGCUGCCCCAUGACAUAUCCGAGGAGCUGUUCACAACGCUGGCCGGCAUGGUGCCCAAUGUGUUUCGCGUUGCCAAUCCCAAAAUACUCGUUGACAAUAACAAGUAGAAAACAUUCCUCAGAAAUGUAUAUUAUAUUUAGUUAUAUGUACAUUUUAACUAACGAAUUAAAGAUUUAAUCUAAAUAUAAUUUUGAAAAUUCCUGAAAUAAACAUUGCUUUAACAUUCAAGAAACCUAAACUCGGACAAAAAAUCGUC